AUGCGUUUCACCAGCGGCUUGAUCAUGGCCUCCAUCGCCACCCUGGCGGUUGCUGCUGCCCUCCCUGCUGCCCAUAUUGCCGAUCUGGCUCUUCCAAUUCUCAAGCCCCGCGAGGAACUCGUUGCGGACAAGGAGAAAUAUGAACGAGGUGAAGAGCUCGUUGUUGCGGACAAGGAGAAAUAUGAACGAGGUGAAGAGCUCGUUGUUGCGGACAAGGAGAAAUAUGAACGAGGUGAAGAGUUCGUUGUUGCGGACAAGGAGAAAUAUGAACGAGGUGAAGAGUUCGUCGUUGCGGACAAGGAGAAAUAUGAAUAA